UAUCAAGAUUCAUAAAAUGUUGGUAGAAUUCAAAGUUAGUUUUAUUAAGAUGAAGUUUAAGCUGUUUGAUUGCGAGUAUGUCGGUGUAGUAUAGUGUUCGAAUGUUACUACGCCGGUCCUCUACUCUCUAGUACACACGUAGAGCUAGCGUGUACAAUUCGCCGCCCAGCUGAUAGGUCGGCUAGCUGAUAUAGCACACAACCCUAGCUAGCCUAGUGAUAUUGCAUUGCAAAGAGUACGUUGCCAAUCGAUGCUGGACAACUGUAGCUAAUGUGUACACGAUCCUAUUGAGGUUAUGCUGAAUUUAGUGGUCACAAAAUGAAUAGCAAGAAAGAACGUAGCAGACGUAACAAGAAAUCAGAGUCUCCGGCUACACCAGACUCUAACUCUGGAAGAACUCGAAGAACUAAACUCCCUAAAGAGGAAGAUACAGCGGAUGACUUGGUGAGGCACAAAAAGUUGCGGAAUGCCAACAGAAAUGGAAACAAAAUGGCAGUUUCUAGUGACUCUGGGACAAGUGAGCCUUCGUCAUCUGGGGCAAGCACUCCAAGGCCGGGGUCGCUCGAAAUCCCAAUGAGGGAAACGAGUACAGGAUCAUCUCCUGCAGAAGGUGUCGCAGAACUACAGCAAGCGAGAGAACAGUCAGAGCCAAAGAGGUUGGUAUUGAGUGAUACAAUCAAUGUUAGGACUACAGAAUCAGGCUGUAUGACAGCAGCGGUUGGUGAAGCAAAGAGUGCAGCAGCAGAGGUCAUCCAGGACAGUGAAGAUGAUGAGGAAACGGACAGUGCCCUCUCUGGGGACGAUGAAGCGAUACAAGGAGAGUCGUUGAAUGAGCCAGUACCAGCAUUGACUCCUGUUAGAACUGGUGUGAAGAGGCCGGGAGAGUUCCCGGAGUCUGCUACACCCCAGAAGAAGAUAGCUGUUGAUUCCAAAGAAUUGAAGGGCCAGAGGGUGUUGGCUCUGAGGGGCGAAGGAUUCUCCCUGGGAAUAAUCAAACAUGUAAAGAAGAAAAGUGUUGGGGUGUUGUUUGAAGGGGACAAGGAGAUCACUAUGUUUAAUGAUGUUAUUGACUCGGACCAGAUUUCCAUCGUUGGCGAUAAAGUGCCUCCUGUGAACACUCUAAGCGCAGGCUCCAAAGUCUGUGUCCAGAGAGAUGGCAAAGGACAGUAUUAUGAGGCCUUCGUUAGGGAGAUGAGACCAAAUUCUUUGUAUCAGAUCAUCAUAGCCUCACCGACACGAGAAGGGUCUAGUAGCAGCACGGAGGAUAUGACAGUCCCUCUUUGGAAGCUGAGGAUGUUACGGCCUCCUUGGCAGAUUCCUCCCUCUGGGCCUGUGCAGACACCUGGAGCAAUUGCCAGGCAGCUGACGUACAGUCCUUUUGAACCUAAACGUGAAUCACACACAAUUCCACUGCCUAGCAUGCAUCUUGACAUGCAGAAGGUGACACCUCCAGAACAGAAAACACUCUCAGAUCGGCUUGUCCAAGACAGGGCUGUCUUCAUUCGCGACAGGCACCUGAGCGGUGACAGGAGAGUUCAGUUGCCUCUGGAGGACAUUGGCUCGGAUGAUGAGCUCAAGAAUUUUGACAGGCCUCUGGAAUUUCGCGGUCGCCCAACUCUUACUCCAGGAACAACCGGCACGUCCACCCCCGGCUCCCUCUACUCUCCUUUCGAGGGCAACCUGGCUCGGUUACCUAACAACUACUCCAACCGCAAAAGACACAUCAGUAGUGCCAGCAAUGCGUCGACCAUCUCCAUGGGUAGCGCCCACUCCCUGACACCACCUCCCAAGUACAAGAAGGGCGAGGUCAUCUGCAAUGCCAAUGGGGUCCGCAAGAAGUUCAACGGGAAGCAGUGGCGACGCCUUUGCUCCAGGGAAGGGUGCAAUAAGGAGUCCCAGAGGCGCGGCUACUGCUCCAGGCAUCUGUCCAUGCAGGGCAAGGACAUGACUGGGGAAGCAUCCUCUGGCCAGGAGCAGGACUGGGAUAGUGACUCAAGGUGCUCAAGUGCUAGGACGGUCCGUACAGGUAAGAUGGCUGUUAUUUCUAUUCAGAUCAAAUCCUGUGCCCAAUUCAGGGACAGCUUGAUUUAACCAAGGUUAAGAUGACAGAUUCUUUUUAUCUUCAUAGAAAAUCCCGGAAUAUAUCAAAAUACUUGUAUAUGCGGGUUGUCAGAAUGACGUAAAGUUAGCACUCUUCAGGUCCUUGGCAGACAUUGUGCAAGUGAUUGGUGAGAGAGAGAGAGAGAGAGAGGUAGAAAAUGUUGGUUGCAAG